UAGUCGAUUUUUGACUCUUUUCAAUAAUAUUGGGUUGGGACAAACCACAGAUCACUAUUAUCCUAGGGAUAAACAAUUUAAUUUGAUUCGAUUUUGCAUUUCGCAAACUUGAAACUAGUUUUAGUGUCAUUCAUAGUAUACUCAAUUAUUCUGUUUUAUGGACAUUAUCAAACGAAUAGUCGUGUCAGAUUAUCCGCUUUAUAUAAAUCGCUUAUAACUCGAAGUGUUCAGUGCUUAAAACCAUUUCCCUUGUAUUGGGAACAACUGUUAGAUAGAUGCGCAAGGAAAGUAAACGAUAUUUGUGAGAAUACAAUGUGUUCAAGGGCGGUCACAUCAUUUUUUAGCCAGUGGAGGCUUUGGAUUCGUCCUGUAUUUAUUACCAGUUAUGUUUUACUUGUGAUAGUGUUAGUGCCACUGCUGAUAGUUCAUUCACUUCAAAAUGGUUUCACCCAGUCUGAUCGCGGUACCCUUAUUGGAGGAGCAUUUGUCCUGAUGGCUGUACCUAUAUCUGUAUGGCAAAUUACCCAACACAUAGUACAUUACACUAAGCCAUCAUUACAAAAACACAUAAUUAGGAUAUUAUGGAUGGUGCCUAUUUAUGCCCUAAAUGCAUGGAUUGGCUUAGAAUUCCCUGAACAAUCAAUUUACAUGGAUUCUCUGAGAGAAUGCUAUGAAGCCUAUGUAAUAUAUAACUUCAUGAAGUACCUGCUGAACUAUCUCAAUGAGGACCAGGACUUGGAGGCAGUGCUGGAGACUAAGCCUCAAGUGAAACAUUUGUUUCCACUCUGCUGUAUGGCACCAUGGGAAAUGGGACGGGAAUUUGUCCACAACUGCAAGCAUGGUAUACUCCAGUACACACUAGUUAGGCCUUUGACCACCGUGAUAUCAAUGAUAUGUGAUCUCUGUGGGGUUUACGGGGAGAGUGACUUCAGUCCCGAUGUGGCCUUCCCAUACAUGAUAGCUAUCAACAAUCUGUCUCAGUUUGUGGCCAUGUACUGUCUGGUUCUGUUCUAUCAGGCCAAUAAGGAGGAGUUGAAACCAAUGAAGCCGAUCGGAAAGUUUUUAUGUAUUAAAGCUGUUGUCUUCUUCUCUUUCUUCCAAGGAGUAAUAAUCAAUAUUUUGGUAUUCUGUGGUGUGAUAUCAACAAUAUUCGAUAUAGAUAAGACUGAUAAAGACAAGAUAAAAAUCAUAUCUUCCAAACUGCAGGACUUCCUUAUAUGUAUAGAGAUGUUCUUAGCCGCUAUAGCACAUCACUACAGCUUCUCAUACCGACAGUUCAUAACGUCACAUGAUGACUCCACAUCUUGUCUGGGGUCAUUCCUUGCCAUGUGGGACGUAUCCGACGUCAAGCGAGAUAUCUCUGAGCAUCUUGGAGUUGUUGGGAGCUCAUUCAGCAGAAGAUUGCGCGGUAAAUCGAUGUAUCACUUGGCGCGAGGUUACGACGAGAGCACCCGCCUCGUGGCCGAGCCCGCGCCCUCCAGCUCUGCGCCCAACCUCACCAUAGAGCCCGCUGAACCGCCCUCCGUGGAGGUCCGGCCCUCCGUCUACGGCUCCCUAGAGAACACCAUGACCACAGCGUCGCUGACUUCCGACACAGAACCCUUGCUGGAUCAUUCUGAUGACAGGAGUGAUCCUAAAGUGUAAAUGGAUAAAUAUUAUAAUUUCUAGUGCAAUAGUGACUCUCGUUCAGCUCAGCAGGUCCGCCCUUGCCAUAGAGCCCGCCGAACCACCCUCUAUGGAGGUCCGGCAAUCAGUAUAUGGGUCCCUAGAAAACACUAUAACCACAGCGUCACUGACCUCCGACACUGAGCCCUUACUGGAUAUAUUCUGAUGACAGGUGUGAUCCUAAAGUGUAAAUGGAAUAAACAGUGUAAUUUCUAGUGCAAUAGUAAUUUCCGAUCGAAUAUGAUCAAUCUGAUAAGAGGAGUGAUCCUAAAGCGAAUGAGUAAAUAUUCUUGUUUAUAGUACAAUAAUGAUUUUAGAUCAAGCAUAAUUAUUCUGAUGAUCUUAAGAAGUGAUCUUAAAAUGUGAAUUUAUAAAAUAAUAUUCUAGUUUCUAGUGCUAGUGAAAUUUAACAAAAUCAUUCUGAUGACAGGAGUGACCCUAGUGUAAAUGAGUAAAUAUUACAUAAUAUUUUUUUAUUCCAUUACAAGUACAAGCCCUUGCCUGCGAUCUCAGCUGAUGGUAAGUGAUGAUGCAGUCUGAUGGAA